UCCAGCGAUCAGAGAAGAACUUUUCUUCUGCCUCUUCCUCCUCUGUUGGCUUUUGUCUCUCUGUGAGCGGCACCGUGGCAGUGAGACCGACAGUUAGUUCACAGCCCAGAGACACACUGCCACAGCUAUAGUCGUGGUCCUCAGGAGAAAUUUGCCCACCCACUACUGAUCAAGAUGCUACGACGGAAACCAUCCAACGCAUCUGAAAAGGAGCAGACCCAGGUGCAAAAGAAGAAGCUGACUCUGCAAAGGUCCAGCAGCUUCAAAGACUUCAUGAAGCCGAAGCCGUCGUCACCCGUAGUGAGCUCUGAGCCUACACUGGAUGAAACACAGCUGGAGGCUGCACCACCGGAGGAUUCAGGGAAAAGUAACGGGAAACUGGGAAAGAAAUGGAGAAAUGUCAUAACUCGCACAAUGACCCGUAAAACUUCCAAGAUGGUACAGAAAGCCCUUGCGGAGGAGGGGAACGAGAGUGGGGAGGACGGCUCUAUGUCUCCAAUGUCUCCAAUUGACUGGACGCCAGAUCUCACUGCCGGGAACAGAAUAUCUGUGUGCUCCAACAGCUCAGAGGACACAAUGCACAGCCCUCUCACGCGCCAGCUCUCUGGAUGUGCUGACAGGCAGAGUCUGGACAGUGGCUUCAGCCAAAGAGACAGCAUGAGACUGGAGGACAGCAACUACACAGGGCCCUUCUGCGGCAGAGCCCUCGUCCACACUGACUUCACCCCCAGCCCGUAUGACAUGGAAUCCCUCAAACUACAGAAAGGAGACAUCAUCCAGAUUAUUGAGAAGCCACCAGUAGGCACCUGGACUGGUAAACUCAACAACAAAGUGGGCUCUUUUAAAUUCAUCUACGUCACAAUACUACCAGAUCAGGAAACACCACCAAAGAGGAAGCGAUGCCGGAGUCAAGGACGCAAGAACAAGCCCAAACCACAAACCUUGGAGGAAGUUCUGGAGAGAAUGGGCCUAACUGAGCUGGAAUCUGUCCUGUCCAUGCACGGCUUCCAGAGUUUGGAGGAUUUCAGAGGUCUGAAGGAGUCCCACCUGAACGAACUGAACAUUACAGACCCUGAGCAACGUGCGAAGAUACUGAAAGCAGCAGAAUUGCUUCAUGACUCGGAGGACGAAUCUGAUGCAGAGGAGCAAAAGACUGAAAUGCCACGGGACUCGGGUUGUUACGAAAGCACAGAGAACCUGGCAAACGGACGCGAAGAGCCCCCGGAGCCGGAGACUGAUCCGGACACAGAAACAAAGCUCAAUGCAAUUCAGGAACAACUGGAGGAGAUGAAGGUAGAGGAGAGUCCUGAGAGCUAAAACCGAGUGAAGCCACCAGAAUGUUCUUUUGAUCCUGCUUCUUUGAAACUCUCUCAUCCUCUCUGACAGAAAGGAUGUUACAUCCACGUGCUGGAUUAAAUUCAUGAAAAAGAAAACGUUAAUAUGCACAGCCCAUAUGGAAGCCAAUAGGUCUUCUUAAAAGAUGGUAUAGAGAUCUUGAAAGUACCAUCCUUUAUUCUCG